AUGGACCAAGUCAAAAAGGUAGUACACACUUCAGUAGAGGAUGUCCAACAUUACAUCGAUGUGCUAAAGCAAAAAAUUCCAACAAACUUGGAAGAAUUGCAACCCCAUAUCGAUUACGCCAAGUCGAUCACUGUGGAUGAAAUUGUUAAUGAUUUCAAGAAUUUAAGAGUCAAUCCACUUACUGUUUCGUUGACUUUAUUUUCAGUAGCUACCAUUAUUGUGCUCAACAAGCUAGUUUAUGGUGCAUCCAAGGCCGCUGGUGGUGGUAGAAAGAAUGGUAGAAACAGCAACCACAAUGGAUCCAGCACUGGAACCAAUGAUGGAUCAAAGCACAAGAAAAAGUCUGGAAAAAAGAAGUUGAGCAAAGCCCAGCGUGCAAACCGAGAGAUUCAAGAGAUUUUGGAUUUUGUCGAGCUGGAAUAUGUGCCCGAAAUUGACAAGUACAUCGAGGACUACAAGACCUUAUCUGCAGACGAUGCAGAGUUCAAAUUCAACUACUUUGAAGAGAUGUUGUUGAAAGAGACAAUGAGAUUAGACGGUAUUGAUGUCAAUGGUAAUGAGAUAUUGAGGGAAAACAGGAAAAAAGUCAUCAAGUUCAUCCAGGACCAUCAAAAGAGAUUAGACAAGUUUAAGAAGGACAUUGCAAACACAUCAAACGUAACCCAAACUCCCUGA